GGCACCGUCUGGAGCCAUCUUUGUUAUAUGAUAGCUAUUUGUCUUUUACUUACAGCUGAUAACUUAAUUUUCAGUUUUUUCUCCCUUAAUGUAAUCUCCCGUUACUUUCACAUCUGUUUGCGAAAAAGGGGGAAAGAAAUUACGAACACCAAACCCUGAGUAGCAAUUAAUCUCCCCCAAAGAAAUAUAAUAAAAUAACAAAAAACAACAACAAAAAAAAUGGUGGGUUGUUCGGCUCCAAACUGUUCCAACAGAGCUGCAAAAGGUGGUUAUAAAAUGAAGCGGUUUCCUGCAGACCCUGCCAUUAGACAGAUUUGGAUAAAUAAUGUUAAACGAGCAGAUUGGAAUUGGAACCCACCAGCAAAUUUUCGAAACUGUAGACUUUGUGAGGUACAUUUUGAUGACAGUCAAUUUGAAUACAAACACACACCUGAGGGGACUGGCAGGUGUUUGAAACCAGGUGCUAUUCCAACACUAUUUGAUAUGCAGUCUGGAACCAUUUGUCAGUCUAAUUUAACUAACCUUCACACUAGCCAAUCCCGGAGACAUAAGAAAAUUGUUGGUGAGUUCAAUCCUAUACUGUGUUUGUCAAAUCUCGAGCAGAGAAACCAUCAACUACCAGGGCUGUCAAAACAUACAAGUAUUUCUACAAACAUCUUCAAUGCUACAAGCAGUCACAAUAUUAUUGAUAUGAACUUCUUUAAAAAGAAACAGACUGAGAAAAUAGUUAAUUCUCUUCCUAUUACUUCAUACAUUGAUGAACAGACAAACUUUUCUCAGUUUUCAAAUCAAAUUCAAUACAACUAUCACAGGAAACCUCAAGCCUCAAGCUCUAAUGAUACAUUAACAUUUCCUUCCAAAAGAAUGGAGUCUAUUCAUCAACCAAAUCUUUCUCUUUCAACUAAUGAAAGUGUUGCUUCUAUGUUGCCUGUUCCUUCACACCAUCUUCUACAUACUGAAUCACCUAAUGUAAAUUUACAGCCUCUUCUACAACCUGGAGAAAUUAAAGUAGAGUAUGUAGAAGACUCUUCUCAGAACUCAGAAAGAAGCAUUGGUGAACAAGUAAAGACUAUCUCACCUCAUCUUUCAUCCCCCAAAUUACAUACUGUUAAACUAUCCAGUGAAAAUAUUCAAAAUUCAUUGUUACAAGAUCAAGCAGAAACUUCAGAAAUGUAUCCUCAGACCCAUCUUGGAAAUCUUUCUUCAUUGAUGUCCCAUGAGUCAAAAGAACCUAGAAACUAUCCAAGCAACACUACAUUGAUAAAAGAUAUUGAAAUUGAGUCAAAUGCUUCUAAAGAUGAAGAGGAUCUUCAGUUUCAGAGACUGUCUGAUCAAUCAGAUGUUGGCAUAAAGAAAGACACAGUGAAGACUGUAAAAAGUCAUUUCAGUCCAACUAUUUCUUUACAUUCCAAUUCAAUUUACAAUCAAGGUUUACAAUAUUCAUCUCAGUCCAAUGUCACAAAAGUUGAAACUUCCAUAUUAAAAUCUCCCGUGACUACCCCUGAUGUGCUUGUCAAUGAAAUUGAAUCAAAACACUUGUAUUACUUCCAUAUGUCAAGUGACUCACGGAUACAAACGUCUGAACCAAAUGAGGAUAUUAGUCAGCAGGAUUUAGAAUGCCAUAGACUUGUAAGGGGAGCUCAGAACCUAGAGAAUAAUGAAUCUUUUAAUAAUAGAGUGGAUAUAAGAAAUAUUGGGCCAUGUUAUACACCAAUAUCUGAAUCAGUAUCAACAAGUCCAAGAGUUACAAAAUACCACGAAAGAAUCAGUCCAAAUAUUAUGCAAAAAAGAGACAAACAAUUGCCAAAAAGUAGAAUUAACCAUAAACUUGUAUCAGUGGAAAAUUUACAUCGGAAAUUGAAAGAAGAAAAGAGAAAAUGUCAAAAAUUGAGACUCGAAAACCAAAAGUUGAGAAAACAACUUGGUCCACUUCGCAAUUUGCAAAACUGGAUUAACAGGCUUCUUAACACUAAUGAAAGUAACCAGUUUGAAGAACUGAAUUUUCGAGAAAACUCUACUGAUACACUUCAAAAGGCUCUUAAACUCUGUUCUACAGUAUGUGGUUAUUUAAGCAAUGUUGUCAGUCUUCCAUUUUAUUCAAAUAUUACCAGAUCAAUAUAGAAGAAUUAAGUAUUACCAUAACUCAUCUUUCUUUGAGUAAUUUUUACUCCAGUGAUGCAAAAGUAAGAAUUCCUUACAUUAGAAUAAAGUAUAAUGACUUUAAAGUUAAGGCACCAGAUGAACCAUAUAGACAUAAGUUCAAACCUUCCUACAACACCUAUUUAUUAUGUCUUGUACUUGAACUUGAUAUAUAAUUGUGCUUGUUAUGCUUGUCUGGAUAGCAACAGAUUUCACAGUAAAAUGAAGUUUGAAACAAGUAAAUCUACUUGCUCAGAGAUAUAUUGCAAUUCCCACAGUUUGAUAUCCAUUCACAAUAGAAUAUUGUAGUGUUAUCUUACAAUAAUUCCUAAGCGAUAAAAUAGAACUGAAAUUACAGCAGUAUUGGUUGGUCAAAGGUUGGCUGCGAAAUGCUAUAAGAAAUCUAAAUAUUACAGAACCUCACUAUGAGUGAAUGUAAAUAUAUUCUUUUUAUACUAUUGACAUGUGGGCAAAUAUGGGUGAGAGUCUCCUGACUCUCCGAUCAACAGCAUAGAUCAGCUACUUUUAAAGCAGUCAUCAAUUAUGCCAGCAUCAUAGUGGAUACCCUAAUUAGAAAGAAUGCAUUUACUUUCUUAUUUAACCUGCAGUAGAUUUUGUAAUACUCUUUUACUUGUUUCAGUCAUGUGACUGUGGCCAUGCUGGAGCACCGCCUUUAGUUGAGCAAAUCGACCCCAGGACUUAUUCUUUGGAAGCCUAGUACUUAUU